UUGUAGUUGCAACAAAGUAGACGGUGCCUGCUGCAAUUUCUUUAUAUCCUGCCACAUUGGCCACGGCCGGUGUAUACAACUUAAAAACCCUAGAUUCGGCCAUAAUAAUUUAGCACAAGAGAAGUUCUCUGAAAUCCGAUUCUCCUCUGAAAGCAACUGAAUCUCAGAUUUCAAGCGCUUGGACACAAUUGAGCUUUGGAAUCAUACAUUUUGAUUUGUAUGCGGGGAGUGGGAGAUUCCAGGGUGGAAUUGUGGUUUAUUUGUAAAUACUGAUUACUGAGAGAGCUCAUGAGCUUGGAGCUUGUGGAGCGCUGCUCAACUCAAGGAUUGCUCUUUCGGUUUGCUAUGGAGUCAUACAUAGGGAUAUGUUUUUGAAAGAGAGGGAAUUCAGGGUGGCAUUUUGGGUGUUUAUAUGUACUGGCAUGUUACAAACUCGGAAGAGCCUUACGUCUAAAACUUUUAGGCAGGAUGAGGAAACAUACUUUUAGAUCUAAUGUUUUAUAGCUUUGGAGCAUAUGAGCUUGGAGCAUGUGGAGCUCAAUUGGAGGGUUGCUCUUUCGUGAUUUUCCCCAUAGUUAACGAUGAGUAGUCGUAUUUCUCGUUCAAUCUAUGUGGGAAACCUUCCUGCAGAUAUCAAAGAACAUGAAAUUGAAGACUUGUUCCAUAAGUAUGGGCGUAUUCUCGAUGUUGAACUGAAGAUUCCGCCUCGCCCACCAUGCUAUUGUUUUGUUGAGUUUGAGAGUCCUCGACAGGCAGAAACAGCUAUCAGAGGCCGAGAUGGCUACAACUUUGAUGGGUGUCGAUUGAGAGUUGAGCUUGCUCAUGGUGGAAGAAGCCUAUCAUCUUCAAGUGAUCGUCGUUAUGGGUAUAACGAUCGGGGCAGUGGUGGUGGUGGUGGUGGUGGAGGAGGAGGAGGAGGAGGAGGAGGAGGAGGGCGACAUGGCACUUCUCGUCAUUCUGAGUAUCGGGUUAUUGUCCGGAGUCUUCCUGAUUCAGCUUCCUGGCAGGAUUUGAAAGACCAUAUGCGAAAAGCAGGUGAUGUGUGCUUUGCUGAGGUUUACAAUGAGCGUGAAGGAACAUACGGCCUGGUUGAUUAUACAAAUUAUGAGGAUAUGAAAUAUGCUAUUCGGAAACUUGAUGAUACAGAGUUCAAAAAUCCGUGGGCCAGGACUUAUAUCCGGGUGAGAGAAUACAAGCGACAUUUGUCAAGAAGCUAUAGCCGUAGCCGUAGCCGUAGCCGGAGCCGGAGCCGGAGUCGGAGCAGAAGUAGAAGCAGAAGCCCAAGGAGAAAGAGGAGCAGAUCGGAUGAUAAAUCUGUUUCCAGAUCGCCACCCCCACGCUCUACAUCUGCAUCGCCCGUCAAGCCAUUGCGUCCCAUAUCAAGGUCAAGGUCAAGGUCAAGAUCAAGGUCAAGGUCAGGGUCUAGACCCAGAUCAUUGUCGGCUUCUCCCCGUCAGGCAAAUGCAAACAGUGGGUGAUUUGCCCUUCGUGCUUGUCUAGCUCGAGUCAACUUCUUUGGGGGUAGGAUUUCUAGAGGUUUUGCCCUUCGUGCUUGUCUUGUCUGGGGCUGAGUCAUAAACUGAACCAUUAUUUGAAAUUUAAGUUACUGAAGUUGAGGUCAUUUCUGUCAAACUCGUUAAUUGUGUUGACAUUUUGUGUCUGAUUUUGGAGGACUAGGAAUGAUGGACCAAUUCUUACGCUUCUAGUUUGACUGGUUUGUAAUGAUUAUGCCCUGGUGUUUCUGUUUUGUUACUACGUAACCCCCCAUUAAUCUGCAUUAGGAACUUAUGAAACUAUGGUCUUCAACUUAUUAUAUGCAACGAGCUGCUUGUAAGCCUUAG